AUCCACACAAUUAAGAGAUCUAGAAAAGCUUACUUCUAUCUCUCAUCUGUAUUUAGCUUCUUGGAUUUCUAACAUCUAACCCAAGAGAAUAGCCACUCUUUUCAAGUUUUUAAGAGUGAAUGAUAUAUAAAUUAUACGCGUCAAUUUUUCCCUCUCUCUAUAACGGCCUAAUUCUAUUCCUAUAUAUAUUGCUGUCAUCUCUUGCGUACCACUUUUUUGUUUCAGAAAAGUUUCUUCGUAAGUUGAAGAAAACAUUUGUCCUUUUUUUUUGUUGGAUAUGCAAAUCAAGAAGUCUUUCUCAAUGUCCUCUCGCACAGGAAGAGAUUUGCAGAGAUACAAUCAUGGUUGUCGUCAAGUUGUUGGAUGCAUUCCGUACAGAUGCAAGAAAACGGACCAACCAUCUUGUGUUCAGGGUACCCCAGUUGAUGAUUUGGAAUUUUUAUUAAUCAGCUCGCAGAAGAAUCCAAGAAUGAUGUUCCCUAAGGGUGGUUGGGAAAUUGAUGAAUCAUUAGAAGAGGCAGCUUCACGAGAGACAUUUGAAGAAGCUGGAGUAGUUGGUGAGGUUGAGGUUCAGGAAUACUUAGGUACAUGGAGUUUCAAAAGCAAAAGCCAAGGUACAUUUCAUGAGGGGCACAUGUUUCCUUUGCGUGUCACUGAGGAACUAGAUGAUUGGCCUGAGAAAACCGUCCGUCGACGUUUAUGGGUGAAUUUUAGUGAAGCAAGGGAAGUAUGUUGGCAUCCGUGGAUGAAAGAAGCAUUAGAUGUCUUUGCUUCUAAGCUUUCGAAGAGAAAAGAAGGGCCUCAGAUAUUCCAUUUAUUGUCAGAUGAAGGUACUGUUGUGUGCUGUAGCUAAGCCAACCAAGAAGCAAGCAAGCAUUCUUCAAUGAAGAGCCAAGCAUUAGGGGCCGCAGCCAAGCAAAUUACUACUCUGUGUUCAGAGCAGAACCGAGAAUGAACACCAAAGCCAAGUGUUAGAACAAGCUAUUGGGUCCGGUCCACCCAUAA